AUGCAGCAAUUCCAGACAUUCAUUGUCGCCAUUCUCAUUCCGUCAUCAGUCAGACGACUGAAUGGCAGCAGCUACAUUUCGAACUUGUACGAUCCCUAUACGGGUAUUGUAUGUUGUGAGGUAGAGAUACCUAGCACAAUGUAUGAAGCCCAAGUGCCAUUGCUAACAGCGUUUGCCCACUUUGUGUUCUUGACCGGUAACAUCAUGCCACGCACCAUCAUGGCGGAUUUUUUGGGUUUGGUGCCCGACACGCGACUUCGUGUCCUCGCUAGGUCUCUCUUUGUGCUCCCCACGACGAUGCCAGCUACCAUCAAUGAAGAUAUGGUGGGUCAUGCCUUUGUUGGUCCCAUGAAUUUAGAUCCCGGCCCCGCUGAAAGGGAUUUUAUCUUGAAUCUUGGUGAGAAUCCACCUCGCUUGCCCCCAUUUGAGGCACGUGACACCGGUAACGACACCCCUACACCACCCUCCCUACCACCAACAGCCACUCCGCCUACUCAGAGUCCAUCACCACCACCACCAUCCCCUUCUCCACCACCUCCACUACCGUCCCCUUCUCCACCACCUCCACUACCAUCUCCUUCACCUCCACCUCCACCACCAUCUCCUUCACCACUACCUCCACUACCAUCCCCUUCACCACCACCUCCACUACCAUCUCCUUCACCACCUCCUCCACCACGUUUUCCUUCCGCCGCUCCAUCACUAUCAUUACAAUCUUCACAAGGAAGUAGAACAAGAAAAAGAACUCUACGUGACCCCGUAACGGGUCGAUUUAAAAAAUCUUAA